GCAGUGUCGGGUCGACCGCCGACGAACCAUGAGAGUAGUAGCGCGCUGCGACUCGCUGAGCGGUGUGGUGGUGGUGGCGGCGGCCGCCGUCGUCGCCUGCGCGGCGCUGGUGGCCGGCGCCCCCGCCGGCGCGGGUGCCGGCGGCGAGGCCCUCCCACCCUCGUGUGACAGCAAAAUUUACUGCCAAGGCGAGCUCCUCAGUGUCGUCCAGAACGCUCACUUGUAUCCCGACUCGAAGAAAUUCGUCGACAAGCGGCUCAUCUACUCGCCGGACGAGACGCUGGAGCAGUUCGACGCGUUGAUGAAGCAAACCGGAGGCAACCCGUCCAAGGAGCAAAUCCAAAAGUUCGUAGACGAUUACUUCGAGGACGGCAACGAGCUGGAGGGGGCGGACCUGCCCGACUGGGUGGCCGAGCCGGCGCUGCUCCGCCGUAUCGCCGACCCCAAGCUGCGCGCCUGGGCGUCCGAGCUGAACGGCAUAUGGAAGAAUCUCAGCAGAAGGGUUUCCGACGAAGUCAGGGACCACACGGACAGAUACUCGCUCAUCUACGUUCCUCACCACUUCAUCGUGCCAGGCGGGCGCUUUAGGGAGCUGUACUAUUGGGAUACCUACUGGAUUGUUCGAGGGCUUCUGCUUAGCGAUAUGAAGGACACUGUAAAGGGUAUAAUAGAAAAUUUCUUGUUCCUGCUGGACACCCAUGGAAUAAUUCCUAAUGGAGCAAGAAUUUACUACUUGGAACGCUCGCAACCCCCGCUUCUGACUCCCAUGGUCUACAAUUACUUUCUGGCUACCAAGGAUGAAGAAUUUGUGAAGAAAAACAUCCACUUGCUUGAAAGAGAAUUAGAUUUCUGGAUGAAAAAUCGUACAGUAAACGUGCACAAGGAUGGAAAAACCUACACUCUUCUCAGAUACUAUUCUCCAUCGCAGGGCCCUAGACCAGAAUCAUACAGGGAGGAUUACAUGAACGGCCAAGUAUUCUCUUCUGAUCAAAGAAAAGAAGAAUUUUACAUAGACUUGAAAUCUGCUGCAGAAUCUGGUUGGGAUUUCUCCAGUCGAUGGUUCAUCAAAGAUGGUAGCAACAAAGGAAACUUGACAGACAUUCAUACAAAAUAUAUAAUUCCAGUAGAUGUCAAUGCUUUUGUGUAUGGUAAUGCUCGUUUGCUUUCUACAUUGCACACGGAAGUUGUAGGAAACUUGGAUAAAGCCAAAAAAUAUUCCCAAAUUGCCCAUGAACUGAAGGAGGCAGUCACAGCAGUAUUAUGGAAUGGUACAACUGGUUCUUGGUUUGAUUAUGAUCUUCUGAAUGCAAAACAGCGCACCUACUUUUACCCAUCAAACCUUGCUCCUUUAUGGACAAAGUGUUACAAUGAGAAAGAGACUCCCAUCAUUGCACAAAAAGUAGUUAAAUACUUACAAAGUAUUGAAAUUUUACAACACUAUCUUGGUGGAAUUCCCACAUCACUGAAUAACACAGGAGAACAAUGGGAUCUUCCCAAUGCCUGGCCACCUCUCCAAAACAUUAUUAUUCAAGGCUUGCAGUCCACUAAGGAACCUAGUGCCCAGAAAUUAGCUUAUGAAUUCGCUGAACAAUGGAUUCGAUCAAACUACAAAGGAUUUGUGGAACACCAUGAUAUGUAUGAAAAGUAUGAUGCGGAGGUUCCAGGAAAUUCUGGAGGAGGGGGAGAAUACAUUCCACAAUCAGGAUUUGGAUGGACAAAUGGAGUGGUUCUUGAACUAUUGGACACCUAUGGAACACGCCUAACAGCAGACAACACUAUGAGAAGAGAAGUUUGAUGAAUAUCUGAAUUCCAUCUACUAAUGAAUCUUGAAGUGGAUGAAACACACAGCAUGAACCAGUCAGUAUUUAUAUAAAAUUCCUCUUACAAUGGAAGAUGCAAGCCUUUACAAGAUGUACAGAAGAAUACAUAUUUGUAUCUGCAAACCACCUAGUCAUAAAUUGUGAAUGUACCACUGAAUGAAAGAAUUGGAUUAUUUUCGAAAUGGCUUACAUAAACAAGACUAAAACUAAUAAGAAACUCUUCAAUAUUUUCUUAAUCAAUUGGAAACUUUGUUUCAUAAUGUUUAGUGUUUAAAAAAAAUUGAUUCUUGAAACAAAGUAUACCCACAGUGAAUUAGCAGCAAUGUUGGAAAAGUAAAAACAUUUCACUUGCCAUGUUAGGUGCAAUGUACUUUCGAAGUUCUUGUGCUAGUCAAGUAACUAAUUUUUCAUAACAUGGAUUUAGUUUGGAUUAUUUAUUGCAAAAUGAGCAACCUCAAUGCAGGAAAGAAAAUACAUAAUUCAAAGAAAAGUUUCUCAUAAGCAUCAAGGUUGCUCAGAUGUUAACAGUAUUAAUUGUAGGGUUUUGUUGUGCUUGCAAUUUGCCACGUUACCAGAGCUGUUUGUAAUACAUGGAUCACCACAAUCUUCAUGAAGAAGAAAUACAAUAUGAGUAAACAUAUUGUUGUUAGUGCAAAGGAAAAAGGAAAAAUCACCUGAAGUUCCCACAUAAUUAUCCUGUUUAUGUUUUUAAAAAUAAAUUAAACAUACAUUAAAUUUAAUGUGCAAAAUAGCUAGUACAAACUUUGUCAGUUAUGUGUAAAUAUUGUGUAAAAAUAAUGUAGACAUUGUAAUAAAAAUUUUAACAUUUUUAUCUUGAUUUGUAUCCAUUUCAACACAAAUAAAUAUACUGUAUAUCAGUAAAUUGACACUUCAAUUAAAAUACAAGUUAAUGAGACUUGCAUAUUAAAGUGAUAAGCAACUGUGACUAUUACUGCUAGAACGUGUAGAAUAACCAAGUUGCUGUACAUCACGUGUUAUUGUAUUGAAGCAAACCUUCACCCAUCCUUGGGACCGCACCCUGGUAACUAUAAAAAGAACCAUUUAUCAAUACUCAGCACAAUGUUCUAUAAAUAAAAAGAGGAUUUACCUUCUCUGCCUUCGCCCUGACCCAAGAUUCGAGGUUCCACAUAUUCAGGACGACGGCCAGUAAGC